AGAAACUACAUUAGUAUCAAAAAGAAGUGAAAAAAUAGAUGAAAAAGAAAAUGCAUGGUUAAAUUUAGCAUCAAUUGGAAUUUUAGUAUUUGCAAAAAAAUAUGAAGAAGAAGCUAUUCAAUAUGAUGUAAAUUUGAUGUAUAUAUAUGAAAUAUUAAAGAAAGAAGUAUCAUGGCCAAUUGCAUCAG